UUAGAUUAAAUAUUAUAUUUCAGGUCAUUUUCAUGCUAGUAAUACUGUUAUGUGUUUUGGAAUAACUCAAGACCCAAAUACCAAAGAUUAUAUGAUGGUUUUACAAUAUUUUGAGGGAGGAAAUUUGAGAAAUAUAUUAGUAAAAGGUUCAAAACUUAAAACUAAAAUAGAUUAUUUAUUUCAAAUUAUAGAUGGACUUUCAGGUAUUCAUGAUGCUGGAAAUAUUCAUAAAGAUUUUCAUUCGGGCAAUAUAUUACAUGAUAAUGAUGAUUAUCUAUCAAUUAGUGAUUUGGGAAUGUGUCAACCAGUAAAUGAUAAUGAACGAAAAGGAAUUUAUGGAGUAAUACCUUAUAUGGCACCCGAAGUUUUACGUGGAUAUAAAUAUACAAAAGCAGCAGAUAUUUACUCAUUUGGAAUAAUAAUGAAUGAACUUAUGUCAGAAGAAAUUCCUUAUAAUGAUAUUCCUCAUGAUCAUUUUUUGGUUGUUAAAAUAUGUAAAGGAUUUAGACCAACAAUUUCUGAAGAUACACCAAAAUUAAUUGUAGAUUUGAUUAUUAAAUGUUGGGAUGCUAAAGCAGAAAAUAGACCAACUGCUAAAGAAUUACGCCAAACAUUUCUUAAAUAUGGAAAUGAUAUGGAAGAUGAAAAUAGUGAAAUUAGUUAUCAAAUAAAAGAAUGUGAAAAAAUUAAAGAGAAUAAAUUAAAAAACAGAACAAAUGAAAAUAAAUCUAAAAAUCUUCAAACAUAUCCACAAGCAAUUUAUACUAGUAGACUUUUAAAAUUUGAAAAUCUUCCAGAACCAGUUAAUUCAACCGAUUAUUCAUCUUCUUAUCAAGAAAUUAUUUCAUCAUCAUCAGAAAAUCCAAUUUCUGAAUGUUUGGAUUGUGAAUUAAAUGAAUUAGAUCUCAAUCAAGACGAUGAUGAAUAAAUUUUAAGGAGUAAAUAUUUAUCGCCUAUAGCGAUGCAUCGCCUCUGGGAAAAAUUACGUAAUGCCAGCCAAAAUAGAGACAGGUGACAAAAGGUAGCAAUACGAGAUGAAUAAAUUAUUUCAAUUUUAAAUUAGUAUAUUCAAAAAAUUUUAAUAUUUAUUUUUAAUUAUAUAUUAUUCCAUUUUCUUAUAUAAAUUCUUUUUGAUUCAGUAUUUUAUUAUAUUAUUUCAAUAAUUUCCUUUAUAAAUUUUUUAUUUUUAUUAUAUAAUGUAGCGAUGUGACUUUAUUUGAUCAAAGAAAGAUAAAAUUUAAACUAUAAAAUAAAUACAUCAUUAUGUCAUAUACUAU